AUUGUUUUAUUAACUAAACUGACCUGACUGUCCCUCCCAUGUCGACAAAUGUGAGUCACACGCUAUGACUUCCACAGAACUGAGAAGUGAACUUUGAAACUUUGUAAACAACUCAUUGUGUGUUAAAUGGAAUGAAGUUAUUUAAGCAAACAGUUAAGCGGAUAUACUGUAUGCAACAUAAAGACCGGAUCAAUUGGGUGGAGGAAUGAAGAAUGGCAGUGAGCAAUGUGACAGCAUAUGUCGGUCCGGAGUGUGGUUCUGUGCUGGGACUCUUGCUGCUGGGUCGAAGGCAUGCUGGUAAGAGCUCAGUGGGAGACCUCAUCCUCGGACGCAGUGAGUUUGAGCACGGGAAGAAGACGACUCGGUGUGUGAGGAGACACGGCUGGGUGGACGGCGUGAGGCUGGUCGUCGUGGACACUCCAGGCUGGAGUCUCUUCGGUUUGGCUAACGCCAAACAGGUGAAACAUGAGAUCCUGCGCAGUGUGAUGUUGGCCCCUUCUGGAUGUCAGUUAUUUCUCCUCGUUAUCCCAGUGGACUCUUUCAGCAAGAGAGACGGACGUGCGAUAGAGAAAUAUCUGGGAGUCCUCGGGGACGCCGUGUGGUCACACGCUCUGGUGCUCUUUACGUGGGGAGACGAGUUAAGAGGAAAGAAUAUUGAACAGCACAUUGAAAAGAAGGGUGAACAUUUGCAGAAGAUCUUGAGGAAGUGUGGCAACAGGUACCAUGUUGUGAACAAUGAAUGUCCAGAAGACUAUACUCAGGUCACUGAGCUGCUUAACAUUUUAAAGCGAAUGAGUGCCAGCACUGGUUGAACACAGAAAAUCAACUAAUCUCAU